AGCUAGCAGCGCAGCUAGCCAAUCACGUCGCUGGAAUGACCGCCGACAUAACGUCUCGAAGGUGAUGAACUUGUGUUUGGAAACAUAUUGGGAAGGAAAGGCGAUCUAAACAUCAAGAUUUUCAUUCCGAAGUAACGAAGAGAAUGACGAGUCGUUAUACCAAGACCACCCUGGGUGGGGGGCAGAGAAAGAAGCAAGGUCCAAAGCCAGAGCUUACAGAAGAACAAAAACAAGAGAUUCAAGAGGCAUUUGAUCUAUUUGAUACAGAAGGAGCAGGCACAAUUGAUGCUAAGGAACUGAAGGUUGCUAUGAGAGCCCUUGGUUUUGAACCCAAGAAAGAAGAGAUUAAAAAGAUGAUUCAGGACAUUGAUAAAGAAGGUUCAGGAACAAUUGAUUUUAAUGACUUCUUACAACUCAUGACUGCCAAGAUGAGUGAAAAGGACUCUAAAGAGGAGAUCUUGAAAGCAUUCAAGCUCUUUGAUGACGAUGAGACGGGCAAGAUCUCUUUCAAGAAUCUCAAAAGGGUAGCUAAAGAACUUGGUGAAAACCUCACAGAUGAAGAGCUACAGGAAAUGAUUGAUGAGGCAGACCGAGAUGGCGAUGGUGAAAUCAACGAGCAAGAAUUCCUCAGGAUAAUGAAGAAGACAAGUUUAUAUUAAUGACACAAGGAUCCUUCAAGCGCUGUAAAUAUUGUAAAUAUUAAUUCAAGGUUACAUUUGUGCAGGGCUCAAUAUUGAUUGAGGGCUACUCUGGCUAUAAAUAAUUUGAAUUUUAUAUCUAGAGUAGAAUCAAACAAAGUGAUAGUAAGUUUUUUUUCAAAAUAUGAUGAAAAAUAAUAAAGUCAAGACAUUUGAAGUUUUAUGUUGUUUCAGUGAAAAAAGAGGUUUUCAUGAAUAUCCACUGAGUGAGAAAAUCAUGUCAUCUCCUCAUUGAUGUCAUAUGAAGUUACACACUUUCCUGAUUUUCUCUUCCAUGUAUGACCUCAUUUAAUGUGCUUAAAAUUAUUGCAACAUUACGUGGGAAAUACAUGUAUUUUUCAUUGCAGAUGAAUGAAAAUUAAAUAAUCAAGAUUUUAUACCAGGAAACAAAAAAUAGAAAAAGGGGGACUUGACAUCAUAAGCUCACUCAUGGUGUAUAUUCAUGGUGACAUGCACAAAACUAUUUUACUCAAAUAAUUCAAAACUGGACAAUUCCCCAUCUUAUUCUUUUUCUAAGACUUAUGAAAAUUUUAGUGUUGUGCUUGUUAAAUUUCACUUUAUUUAUUAAACUCAUCAAUAUCAGAUUGGAGUACCCCCAUCAUAAGGUCUUGGUCAAAGAGCGCUGAAAUUCUCUUGAAGAGUACCGUAAUUUACCUUGAUAUUGAAUUUGUGUUAUAUAUAA